AUGCCGCGCAAGAAAUCCGGUUUCGAGCCAUUUGAAAGGUCAGACGCGGUACAGUAUAAAAGGUUACCCACUAAGGAGGAAGGCAUCACCGCCAACAUGAAAGUUUUCCUGCUCAUCCCUGCCUUGGUGGCUCUUGUCACAGCUAGAUCAAUACACAAAAGAAAUGCGUAUGGAGAUGAGCAAGUGACACCGGCGCCCUCCGAAGUACCUGUCGAAACUCCAGCCGAGCAAGGGCCAGUGGCCGUUGAGCAGCCUGCUCCCGACUGCGCCGAAACACCAGCCAAAGCCGAGCCUUCAGGAUACAGAUCCAAGAGAAACGCCAACUCGUAUGGCGAUGAGCAAGUAACACCAGCCCCAGCUGAAGCUCCAGCUGAGGAGGCUCCCGCUGAGCAGCCCCCGGUCGCUGUUGAGCAGCCUGCUCCUGACUGUGCCGAAACACCAGCACCAGCUGAGCCAUCAGGAUACAGGUCCAAGAGGAGCGCCAACUCUUACGGCGAUGAGCAAGUAACACCAGCCCCAGCUGAAGCUCCAGCUGAGGAGGCUCCCGCUGAGCAGCCCCCGGUCGCUGUUGAGCAGCCUGCUCCUGACUGUGCCGAAACACCAGCACCAGCUGAGCCAUCAGGAUACAGGUCCAAGAGGAGCGCCAACUCUUACGGCGAUGAGCAGGUAACACCAGCCCCGUCUGAGGCUCCAGCUGAAGAAGCUCCUGCCGAGCAACCGCCAGUCGCUGUUGAGCAGCCUUCUCCUGACUGUGCCGAAACGCCAGCUCCAGCUGAGCCUUCAGGAUACAGGUCAAAACGAAGUGCCAACUCAUAUGGAGACGAACCAGUCGGUGCCGCACCUGCAGGAGCCCCAGUCGAAACCGUUCCAGCCGAGCAAGAACCAGUCUCCGUCGCACAACCCGCUCCUCCACCAGAAACCGCUCCAGCACCUGCCCAGCCAUCUGGAUACUAG